GUCGCAGUCGCAGUCGCAGUCGCGUCUCCUGCUCCUCGCCUCCGCUUCCAAGUUCGCUCUCCCGUCCCGUCUCCCCCAAGCAACAACCGCUCACUCUUCCAAGCAAAUCUCCCAGCCAUUCCGAGACGCAGCGGCGAUUUCGAUCAACUGUCUCGGCGGCGAGGUCGACGCGCGCCGCCGUCACAACCCGCGCGCGUCCAGUCUCCAGUCCGGUCCGGCGAGAUGCUGGGGGAGCUCCUCUCCAGGAUCCUGCUGCUGCUGUUCGGCUACGCCAUGCCGGCGUUCGAGUGCUUCAAGACGGUGGAGGCGCGCCCCAACGACGCCCACAUGCUCCGCUUCUGGUGCCAAUACUGGAUCAUAGUGGCCAUGGUGAUAGCCGUCGAGAGCUUCAUCUCAUGGAUGCCAAUGUAUGGAGAAAUCAAGCUUGCUUUCUUUGUUUACUUGUGGUACCCCAAGACAAAGGGCAGCGACAUUGUGUAUGACACCUUCCUCCGGCCUAUGGUGAUGCAGUACGAGCCAAACAUCGAGCAAAGGUUGAUGCAUCUGAGAGCUAGAUCCGGGCAUCUGCUCUCGUUCUACAUGAAGAACUUCGCUGACAAAGGGACGACCUUCUUCAUGGAUGUUCUGCGAUAUGUCGUCUCUGACGAACCCCAAGCAUCAAUUUCAGAGCAGAGGAACAAGAAGUCGUCCGGGGGUACAGGGUGGAGCCCCUUCGCCACCAAACGCCGGCCGCCGUCGCCUCCGCCACAGGAGUCCAUCUUCGGUGGUGGCCCCGUCGACCUCGACGCUGCAGCCGUGGCCCAAGUUAUACGCUCUUCGUUGGCCGGCGCCAAGCCGCCCCGGCGACAGUACAGUGGCAAGUAUUGACGAUCCGGGAGCAGUAGUUGCUUUCAGUUUUAGGGGAUGAUCGUGUACAUAGAUUGGAUCAAACAUCAAAGGAAGGCACAAGAAAAGCAGAGUACAUAGCAAAUCAUAUCCAAUGUGAAGUAUAAACCUAUGUGACUGUAUGAGGAUGAUAGAAAUUUCAUCCUUUUCUUUA